AUGGUUGAAUUGACUGGCACGCCCAACAACGGUUCUGGCGUGCUUGCGCCAGAAAACGCUGUUCGAAUCUUGAACGGUACACGUAUCGCCGCCUUGGCUGACAUCGAUGAAGCACCAUUCGGGUGGCUUCAUUUCAGAGUCUCGCUCGUUGCGGGUGCUGGCUUCUUCACAGACGCAUACGAUAUAUUCGCUAUAAGCAUCGCGUCGACGAUGUUGGGAUACGUUUACGGCACUGGCUGCGACCCAAACCCCAACAACUGCCAUUUAAAUGACAAUUUGGGUCUGGGUAUCAAAGUCGCCAUGCCUGUUGGCAAUCUCUUUGGGCAGCUGUUCUUCGGCUGGUUGGCAGAUCUUGUGGGCCGUAAACGCAUGUACGGGAUCGAGUUGAUGAUUAUCAUUGUCGCAACCCUGAGCCAGGCUACCGCGGGUUACGUUCCGGGAGUAAUCAACAUGUUCGCUGUCAUCAUUUUCUGGCGUUUUGUGAUGGGCGUGGGCGUUGGCGGUGACUAUCCGUUAUCGGCUGUCAUCUCUUCAGAGUUUGCGUCUGCCAGUUCCCGCGGACGGCUCAUGACUGCAGUAUUUGCAAACCAGGGCUGGGGGCAAUUGACUGCAUCCCUUGUAGCUAUGUGUAUCGUUAGAGGCUACAAGAACACCCUCCAACAAGAUGUGCUUUCUGCUGAAGCACUCAUCUCCAUUGACAAAAUGUGGCGACUUCUCAUUGGUCUGGGCUGCGUACCUGGCGCUAUUGCGCUAUAUUUCCGUCUCACCAUUCCCGAGACUCCGCGCUUCAUUAUGGACGUCAUGCGCGAUGUGAAUCAAGCUGCCUUAGACAUCGACAACCUUUUGACUCUCCACACGUACCAUGUUGAUCCGGACGCUGUUGUCCAGCGUGUUCGCGCACCUCUGGCCACUCGCAGCGACUUUGUCGUGUAUUUUUCGCAAUGGCGUAACUUGCGUCAGCUCAUCGGCGCUUCUUAUUCCUGGUUCGCUCUUGAUAUCGCGUUCUACGCUAUUCAACUCAAUACAGAUAUCUUACUGCAGAAAAUCAAGUUCGCUGUCUUGAAGCAGACGAGCCUCUACGCUAGACUCUACAAUUUCUGCGUGGGCAACAUCGUCUUCUCUGUCGGAGGUCUCAUUCCGGGCUAUUGGGCGACGUUCAUAUUCAUCGACAUCUGGGGACGGCGACCUAUCCAACUCAUGGUCUUCAUCAUGCUCACAAUCUUGUUCAUUGUGAUGGGGUCCGGUUACAAGGCGAUGAAUAAAACCGCACGCGGCACCAAUGCGUUCAUGUUCUUGACUUGUCUCACGAACUUUUUCUUCAAUUUCGGUCCCAACACUACGACCUUUAUCGUGCCCGGGGAGGCGUUCCCGACUCGCUAUCGUUCUACCAGCCAUGGGAUCGCAGCUGCGAGCGGUAAACUUGGCGCUGUCAUAUCGCAGGUUGGCUUUGCGCGCCUGGCGAACAAAGGCGGACCCGAUGGGCAGUAUGCGUGGCUUCCCUACGUCUUGCUGAUACUUGCUUUCUUCAUGUUGACAGGUGUGUUCUCCACGUUAUUGAUAAAGGAGACCAAGCAGCGGACACUCGAGGACAUCUCAAACGAGAGCCAGGAGGGCUUCGUGUUGGGCCUUGUGGGGAGGGUUUAG